ACGCAUAAUUGAUAAUUGUACAUUGUUUCAGAAUUUUAAAAUUUAUUAAUAGUAAAAUGAUUCGUUUGGGAGGCCCCGCACCCCCUCAGGUUGACCCUACUGAAGAAUCGAGCAAGGCUAACCAGGCUGUUGUUGGAAACUUUAUCAUCUUCACUAUCUGUAUCGGAAUUAUCAGGGUGUCUCCCAAGAUCCUGGAACAGUUUGGAUUUGAAAUCUAAAGUCAAGAACUCAAAUAAACCAGGGUUUAGUUUUUAUAACUGCGUUCUCAGCAUUCGACCACAUCCGCCUUUUAUAGUUUUCCGCCAUCCUGCUCCCUGAACCAUGCAGGGGUUAGUUCAUUUCUCUCGAAUCUGUCUUAAGCCAUCAGCUUUUAAACCCGUGGCAACCUCCCUUGGAGCUGGAACACCCCUGGUUACUAGUGUUAGAACACAUCUUGGUUAUAUUCCAUUCGAAGGACGUGUCGGACGAAAACUCAGCAAUACUGAAUUAUUUCUCCAUGAGCUUAAAGCUGCAAAUAUUCAACCAGCUAAAAAGAUAACUUACACAUUUGACCCGAUGAGAGAGGACUACCAGAGUAUCCGCAAUUUUAUGUACUUCUGGAAUAGACCCAAGGUACUGGAGACAAAUAUCAAAGUUCUUACCAAGGUUGAUAUUGUUGAUGACAGAAGAGAACCAACCAUAGUUAUUGAACUCCAAGAUAAACGAGAAAUAGAGGUUCGAACUGGUAAUCUAACUGAGCUAGAAAUAGCCCGAAUUGUGAACUACUACCUCCUACCUCUAGUAACUGAAGAACAAGCUGCCACUGAAACUAAAGCAUCCAAAGCUGCUGCUGGUGGGAAGAAGAAAGGGAAAAAAUAAAACUGUAAACAAUUAAACCUCCGUAGUUGAACUAGUGAAUAAUAUUUUAAACAAUAAUUGAAUAAUAAACAAUGACGGUUUGUGUGAA